AAGUGGCAAGACAUGGAUGUUUUCUUUAUCGCGGUAUGAUUUGCGUUUGAUAGCCGGGGCAUUUUGUGAUACUUUUGUUUAGAGAAGAAUGAAAGAUUUAUGCGGGGCUUGUAAGUCGAGUAAGCGGGUUCAUCAACAUCAGAGCAGUACACUGGUGUAUCGCGGGUGUAAUGUCAGCUAGCAGGCUAACACAUAGUGGGCUGCAGAAAUAAACAGUUCUCAGAGUCCACGGUGCGAUCGGGCAAAUUGGAUUACUGCGUAUUGCACAAUCCGGGCAGUCUCCUGAUUUAGAGAUAUUGCUGGGGGGUUUUUUGUAAUCAUGGGCAAACGAAAAGUGCCGGAUUUGUAUCGUGCCCCUUUCCCUCUCUACACCGUUAAAAUCGAUCCCAAAACUGGACUCGUCAUUACUGCAGGAGGGGGCGGAGCAUCCAAGACAGGCAUUAAGAAUGCAGUGCACUUCCUUGGUUUAGAGCUAGUGGGAAGCCAACACAGUGCAACUCUGCUGCACGCUUAUGACACAGGAUCUUGUGCCACCAUGAACAUGGCACUGGGAGGAGAUGUGUUUGCUGCUGGACAAGAUGGCAACUGCAGAGUGAUGCGCUUCAGGCAACAAGGCCCUAAACAGGGACAAUCAUCUGCUUCAAAGAAUGGAUCUGGGGAGCAGGGAAGUGCCAGGAGGAGAGGGGUAAAAAAACAGAAUGGUGGUGGUGGUGGCGGCGGUGGUGGUGACGCUGGUGGCGGCGAUGAUCCCCAGACGAAGGACAAGUCGGUAGAGAUAAUAGUGAACAAGGUUGGAGAAGUGCAGUCCGACCUCAGCCCUCAGGACCCUCUACAAAAGUGUGUGCGUUUCAGCCCUGACUUGAAGCUUCUCCUCACAGGAGGAGCCGACGGUUACGUGAGAGUGUGGGAGUACCCAUCCUUGAAAGAGAAGUUGAACUUCAAAGCUCAUCAAGAUGAAAUAGAAGAUAUAGACAUCAGUCCUGAUAACAAGCGCAUCGUGACGGCAGGGCGAGAUUUUGCAUGCAGUGUAUGGAGCGAUGAUCAGCUCAUGCUGGGUUUACGUUGGCAUGACCACAUGCCUCAUAUUACAGAGAAGAUGUAUCGCUACCACUCCUGCCGAUUUGCCAAGGUAGAGGACCAAAAGGAUGCUUUAAGACUGUACACAGUCCAGAUUCCCCAUAAACGUGAGCGUAAACCACCACCGUGCUACCUCACAAAAUGGGAUGGCAAGAGUUUCUUGCCCCUUCUAACGAAGCCGUGUGGCAGUGAAGUGAUUUCCUGUUUGAGUGUUAGUGACUCUGGAACCUUUCUUGGCCUCGGUACAGUCACAGGAUCAGUAUCCAUCUAUAUCGCAUUCUCACUGCAGAAGCUGUACUAUGUACAAGAAUCCCAUGGUAUUGUGGUGACAGACCUGGCGUUCUUGCCAGAAACCCCCAAAUGCAAACCUGUGAAGGCGAAUAAUGAAGUAGCCAUGCUGAGUGUGGCUGUAGACAGUCGCUGCCAGCUACAUACUGUAGCUAACCGCAGAUCUGUCCCGAUAUGGCUGGUGCUGUUCCUGUGUGUUGCACUGCUUGUAGGUGUCAUGCUGCUCCUGCAGAAGUUCCUCCCAGGGUUCAUUUAAAUAUGUGGCCCAACACAGAGGACCUCUCUCGUCACCAAGGAGCGGUUGGGACAAAACAGUGCAGCAAACUCAUCCUAAUGUCGAGCAUGGAAUAAUUGUACUUAUAGGGAAGUUUCUGAUAUUGGAUCCACAUUUUAAAUGAAGAAUCAUCUCAGGAGCAUGUAUUGAUGUUCUUAAUAGUUAGGAGUGAAGAACUGGGCUUUUUAACUCCGUGAUGGAGCCAUCUUUGUUUGUCCAUGUGUAUACAAUUCACAUCGCAGUGCUAAUACCUGCAUGACUGAACAGUUUGGGGAGGUCAUCUAAACCUAAUGAACUUCUCAAUAUCUGUCCAUCCUGCAGAUAAUGUAUUGAAUAUAAUACACAGAGAAAGACACAUCAUUAGAUCAUUUUAGUUAUUUAAGCUAGAUGGAAAUAUAGAAUUUUGGAGAAAA